UGAACAUCCUUCCGGCAUAGCGGCAAAUUGAACUGUACACCAUACCAUAUCCAGAGUAUGCAAACUCUUCGAUGCAUCCGCCGUGCGGUUACGUCACGUCUUGGAUUCACUUCCAGGAGCAUCACUGGGGCAACACCUCCUUCUACGCCAUGGCAUACUCCUCCUCACCUCGCUCCAAAAACCCAUGAGCUUCCAGAAAACCUCUCUGCCGGGAUAAGGCAACUAUUUGUGCAGCUCAGUAAAUCUCCUUUGCUAGAGCCAUCGACUUUGAGUGUCCAACGACCUAUCGCCUCUCUUCCUGGUCCUCCAUUACCUCGAACGUUACCCAAGGGCCGCCGGAAACGCGGGCGCACAUACUCUGGAGAAGGCCUUGCGGAAGAGCCUGGAGGUAUAUGGGACUGGGUAGUCACUGCUCAAGUAAAAGAAGGCACCGAAAACCGAGGAUCGAUAGAAGCUGUCGUACGUCAAGUGCGAAAGACUCUACUGUCUGUGGACCCACCGCUGCCUCUUGCACCCAAUUCUAAGCGGAGAAUGCUCAAUGGGUGGGCCAUGAUUGAUGCAGGCAAAUUUGCCGUACAUAUACUGAGCUGCGAUGCGCGGCGGAAAUAUUUCGAAAGAUCAGCUGCUGAGUGGUAGUUUGUGGCAACCACUACGACGAAUUAUGAUACAUCCCCAACUCCCACUUUAGUGGGAAGACCGCACUGACGUCGAGACAUGUAUUCAUCGAUUUGCGCCACGCUAUCGCACGCUCUACAACAGGCUCUCUCAUCGAAAAGGUGUAAUGCACUCGCUAAUUAUGUUCGGCAACGUGUACUGUCCCUAUUUCAUGCUGGAGCAAGUGUUUUGAGUGAUGUAUUUAUUGAGAUUUGACUCGCUCUCGGAUAAGGACGUUUUGAUGGCGUUGACUACAUCUUCUUAUGUAAUGAGUCAAAACCACUAUGUGCAUGAAAAAUAAUAAUUCCAUGUAUUUUGACAAAAA